ACUUCUCUCUCACCAUCAAAUAUCAUUAAUUCCUGACUCCAAUGGCAAACAUGGGUUGAAACAUAAAUCCAUUGGUGCACCGCACCGAAAACAGUUCAAAAACACGGUUUUGGGAAGCCAUGGCCCCUCCCCAGAAGAUUCUCGCCCUCCACGGCGUCGCGCAAUCCGGCCGCGUAUUCGAGCGUCGUAUGGCCACCAUCGUCGAGACGCUCUCUCCGCUCAGAUAUGAAUUUGUGUUCCUCACCGCACCAUGCGACAUAUCCGGGACUGCGUAUAUACAGGCACGGCAAGCGGACUGGCAAGAGGGGGAUGAAGAGCGAAGCUGGUGGGAAACCGAUGACGACGCCAAAGAACAUUCCGGGAUUGACCAGGCGAUGGAGCUUUGGGGCGCGACGUUGAGGGAGAAAGGGCCUUUUGUUGGGGUCGUCGGAUUUAGCCAGGGAGGCUGUGCGGCAGCAUCAUUAGCAGCGAUGCUAGAACCCAGUAGAAGGGAUCAUCCUCUGGUUAGAAAAUAUCUCCCAGUUGACCAUCCACCCCUCGACUUUCUCAUCAUGUUCUCCGGCAACCCCUAUCGGUACCCGUCCCCAGAAAUCUUCUGGCUGUUUUACCCCGAAGCCGGAGAAGAGAACAAGGUCAUCACCCCGACGCUGGCAUUAUAUGGGAAGAAAGAGUGGGAGGCACAGGAGUUCUUUCGCGAGCGUCAGGAAUUUCUUAUGAGCCGCUGUUCCAAUGUGGAAAUCGUCGGUCAUCCGUGGCAGCAUACGGUUCCGCGGACCCAGGAGUAUGCGGAUAUAGUGAAGCGAUUUGUGACCAGCUUCGAUAAUAGGGCGACGGGCAUGACGAUAGACUCAAGAUUAUGAUCAUUUUUCGCGUCUAUAUAGGUAGAUCAGGGGUAUGAAUACUGUUUCUCCUGUUCCCGUCGCUUAUAGCUCUUGAGUCACGACACUGCCACCGUCAAUUCUUGCAUCUAUCAAUCUCAAGCGACUUCUUAUACCUCACGAUGGGCCUGAACUAUUUCGCUUCCUUGCUACCUUAGAG